AUGGAGCUGAAAAAGGAUAUAAACUCAGCUAUAAAGUCAUGAAUCCCUCUACAACAUCAAACUCCUUCUCCUUCAAGAUGCCGUUCCCCAUUUAUCACAAGCAGGCAAUCACUUCAUGAUAGGACUCCGCCAACUAGGUCAAGCACUCCAGACGUUUUUGCCCACAGGCAGUUUAUUUCUCCUAAAAUCAUUAAAGCAUCGCACGAAAUCAAGCCUGAGAGUCCUCGUAAAAGCUCAAGAGGAAAAAGAAGAACUAAUUCAGGAAAUAUCUUUCUAAACAAGAGACUAAUUUCUUAUAAUUUACUGCUUGACUCGCCAAUUUUGGGAAAAAGUGUAUAA